UGCCGCAGACGGAGAAGACGCCCUUCCACCCGCGCAGCCCGUACGCGGUGGCGAAGCUGUACGCCUUUUGGAUCACAGUGAACUACCGUGAGUCGUACGGUAUGUUUGCGUGCAACGGCAUUCUGUUCAACCACGAGUCGCCACGACGCGGCGCGACGUUUGUGACGAAGAAGAUAGUGCGGGCUGCGGUGCGCAUCAAGAAGGGUCUGCAGAAGGAGCUGCUUCUUGGCAACGUGAAUGCCCUGCGUGACUGGGGGCACGCGAAGGACUACGUGCACGGCAUGUGGCUCAUGCUGCAGGCGGAGAAGCCUGACGACUGGGUGCUGGCGACGGGCGAGCAGCACAGCGUGAGGGAGUUCUGCAACUUGACGUUCAGGAAGCUUGGCUACGAGCUGGAGUGGUCCGGCAGCGGCGUUGAUGAGGUCGCGUACGACGUGGCGGAUCCGAAGAAAGUGCCGCUGAUUCGUGUGGAUCCGCGCUACUUCCGCCCUGCGGAGGUGGAAACGCUGCUUGGCGACGCCAGCAAGGCCGAGAGAGAACUCGGCUGGAGGACCACGUACAGCUUCGGGGAGCUGGUGGAUGAAAUGGUGCAGCAGGAGAUCCGCGAUACGGAAACCGGUGCGGACGCAUGGCGAUGA